GCAUAGGACCAGACGAAUACAAUCGAAUCUCGUCCUGUCAAGAUGCCAAAGCCAUAUGGGAAACACUACAAACAGCUCAUGAAGGAACAACGCAAGUCAAGAAGUCCAAAAUUGAUAACUUGAACAGGCAAUAUGAGCUGUUCAGGAUGGCAGAAGGGGAGACUAUUCAAGAUAUGCACACCAGGUUCACCUCCAUCAUUAAUGAGAUGUACUCCUUGGGAGAGAUAGUUCCUAAUGGAAAGGCAGUAAGGAAACUCUUGAGUGUCCUUCCUGAAACUUGGGAAAGUAAAGUCGAGGCUAUCACUGAAGCCCGCGACCUAGACUCACUGGCCAUGGAUGAGUUGAUUGGUAAUCUCAUCACAUACGAACUCAAGAAAAACCAAGAAAAGGAAAUUGGAGGAAAAAGGAAGGAAAGGAACCUGGUUCUAAAGAAAAAUGCAUCAGAUGAUUUUGAAGAUGAAAAUAUUGCCCUCAUAACCAAAAGGUUCACCAGAAUGCUAAAGAGAGGGCAGACCUUUCAAAAGAAAACUUCUCAAAAACCAUCUGAAAACACUAAAGACCAGGUUUGUCAUAAAUGUGGGAGCCCAGAUCACUUCAUCAAAUUCUGUCCACUUUGGGCUUUAGAGCAGAAAAAGGCAAACUUUGAGAAGGUCAAAGACAUCAAGAAUGAUAAGUACAUUCCCACAAACAGAAGAAUGACCAAUCAAGAAGCGGAUCUUUCAACGAGAAGAGCCUUUGCCGCUAUGGGGGACUUAUCUGAAGAAGAAUUUGAGGAUGGAGGGUUCGAAAAUCAGUCACUACUUGCAAUAGAACAAUCAAAUAAAUAUGAUUUUCUUGCACUCAUUGCUGAAACAGAUUCUGAAGAUGAUGAAGAAGAUGACAAACAAAGCAAGGUAAGUUUUCAUCACAUCAAAGUAAAUAUUGAAUCAUAUUCUAAAAAGGAACUAGAGUCUUUAUUGAGUACUCUUAUAGAUGCAUAUCAGUCUGUCAAUUCUGAAAGAGAACAAGUGAUGGAAAACUAUGCAUCUUUAAGAGAAGUCAAUGACAAUCUUGAGAAACACAAUCACUUUCUUCAAAAUAAAUUAAAAGAACAGAUUAAAAUCUCAGAGUUAAGUCACAAGGGCAAAAACUCUGCUAGUGAACUUCAAUUAGCUCUAGAAGAAAAAAUAAAAUUGUUAACCAUAAAAUAUCAAGCUUUAACAGAAAGGAAUAGGUUGUUACAAGAAAAUCUUGAUCAUACCAAACUGGAUCUGGAAAGAAAUCUUAGAUGGACCAGGUCCUCUGAAAUUUUAACUCAGAUUCAAGAAAAGCAAACCACUAGUCGAAGUGGGAUAGGUUUUAAAAAACAGAAUAAUCUUGUGUCACACACUAUUCACAUGUCUAAAAGUUUAUGCACUCAUUGUGGAAACUCAGGUCAUUUAAAGAAUCAAUGUAAAGCUUUAUUUGAGGCUUUUCAGAAAAAUGUUAAGUUCACCAAAAAGGAAAAGACUGAUACGGCUAAGAACCUGGUUCGAAAUAAAAAUGCUCCAAAUAAAAGGUUUUCUUAUUUGCCUUUAUGGGCUAGAAGAAAUCUUAUUCAUCCUUUUACUCACAUAAAGGGGCCCAAGCUAAUCUGGGUUCCCAAGACUAAUCUUUGACUAGUGUUUCAGGUGAAGGUGAG